AUGGAUCCUCAACAAAUGGAGGAUGAUCUUCCCAAAAAGGACACGUUCAAUCUCACCGACGGCGGUCGAAGUCACGAGAAGGUUCCUCAAGUGGUGAAUAUGGCUCCGUAUCCACCGACGGGCUCAGCUCUCCCCGAUUUGAAGGAAUUCAAUCACACGAUUCAGAACCAAACCAUUUUAUUCGGAACACCGAUCUCGAAUGUGCACGCGGUUGCCUACUGCCACGACGAGUCAACAGACCACGAACAUGCGGGAGGAGUGACCGUCGCAUCGAUACGGUGGGAGUUUGUCUCUGUCCCCUUCAUGUUCACCGCGUUCGUGAUAUUGGCAGGCCUCACAAAAAUAAUGUUCCAUCACGCGAAUUUUCUGUCAUCGAUAGUCCCCGAGUCUUGUAUGCUCAUAUUGUUAGGAACUGUCGUAGGAGGCAUCGCACACGUUACGAAUCAUGACACACUACCGGCCUUCUCACCGGAUUUUUUCCUCUACUUACUGCCACCAAUAGUUCUGGAAUCUUCGUACUCGCUGCAUGACAGCUCGUUCUUCUCGAACAUAGGGACAAUCCUUCUUUACGCUGGCGUGGGAACCAUAAUAAACGUCUUCAUGAUCGGUCCUUCUCUAUACGUUCUCGGUCGGAUGGACUGGCUCGGUGGAGUCCAGCUGGAGCUGCUCGAGUGUUUGGUGUUCUCAUCUUUAAUUUCGGCCGUUGAUCCUGUCGCCGUCUUAGCAAUUUUCCAAGAAGUAGGCGUCAACAAGGUUCUGUACUUUCUCGUGUUCGGAGAGAGUUUGCUCAACGAUGCUGUGACAGUCGUAGUGUACAACAUGAUGGUGUCUUUCCAUGGGAGCGAAGUGACCCUGCAAGCCCUGUUGACAGGUGUUGCAUCGUUUUUGUCGGUGUCCUGUGGCGCUGUGGCAAUCGGAUGUAUUUUUGGCUGCAUAACAGCUAUAGUAACGAAAUACACGAACGAAGUCCGGGUUGUAGAACCUUUAGCAGUUAUCGGAAUAGCCUACAUGGCCUAUCUGACCGCAGAGCUGGUGCACUUUUCCGGAAUUAUCAGCAUCAUCUGCUGCGGUCUCAUGCAAGUUCAGUACGCCAUGAAUAACAUAUCGCAGAAAAGCUACACAACCGUGAAAUACUUCACGAAAAUGAUGAGCGCUGUGUGUGAUACAAUCAUCUUUAUUUUCCUCGGGAUGGUCCUCGUCAACAAAAAGCCCGAUUUUCGAACGGAGUUUAUUGCAUGGACAACUUUUCUUUGCCUCGUGUUCCGCUUCAUCUCGGUCUUUGGACUGACGUAUUGCGUCAAUAGAGCUGGACGCCUCAUCAAAAUCAACGUCGAAGAACAGUUCAUUAUGGCCUACGGCGGACUGCGGGGAGCCGUUUCCUUCUCUCUCGUCAUCAUGCUUUCGCCCUGUAAAUUUCCUCAUUACCACACUUUCAUCACGGCGACUCUCUUCAUCAUCAUCUUUACCGUUUUCAUUCAGGGUGCAUCUGUGAAGCCAUUGGUAACUCUUCUGAAGAUUCGUCGACAUCAAAGCCACGACGAUUCAUUGUUCACUGAGAUCAACAAAAAAUUAGUCGACAAUAUCAUGCUGGGGAUCGAGGAAGUCACAGGGAGCCGAGGAGGCAACUACUGGAAAGGCGUCCUCGCGAACCUCGACGAGAAGUACCUGAAGCCAUUGCUGGUCCGUGACAACGGCCAAAACAGCCUGACACGGAUAUAUACCAAGGUCGUUCUGGCUGAUCAUUACGCUCAUCUUUACGGACCAGCAACGGCCCUUGAGGAAAAACUACCGCUGGAUGUUCCGCGGUCUCUACAUCAGGGGGUGCUCUCGUCCGACGACCCGGUCCUGGACGACCAAGAUCAAGAUACAUCUUCAGAUGAGCACGAAGAGCAGGUGCUUCUGCGACGUGGCAGUCGCAAGAAAUCUGUCACCGUAGCCGCUCAAACCAACGUCUCGCCAAAACGUGUACGCUUCUCUCGAUUCGUGCUGAUGCCACGACUGACAAUGAGUUGCAAUGACGCGCAAGGACGACGACUUUCAGCGGAACAAUUGCGAGCAACGUCGCGAAGCGUGGAUUCCGAGGCUUCGAACAACAACCAGUCCGGGCUGCACAGCCCGGGAGCGAAUAUGUCCACGAUCGACAAGAGGCGAUACACGGUGGGAAUGUGGAAGAAAGCAGCUGCGAGGGCUUCAUCCUUGGAUUCGAGAACAGACCCUACCAAACUGCUACUCAGAGCACUCAAUGAAAACCCAUAUCACAAGUUCCACCAACGCUACAAUCCCAAUCUGGUCGACGACGAUAACCAGGAGAUAGCCGCGCAUCUUCGAGCUCGGAGACUCAGAGCGCGGCGUUUGACGAUGUACACUCUCGCUGGGGACGUCCCCUCGGAGACCGAUCAGACCGAUCAGGAUUCGGUUCACGGCAGUUCCAAUUUGCACCCCACACAAGGAAACACUACCGACACCGAGUCCGACACCGAAAUCAAAGGUCGCCGAAGGCCAAAUUCCCAGGGGGAGCGACGUCGGUCACUUAGACGACGGAAGGUAUCCACGCUGACACUCGGCCAAGUUUCUCAUCUGGACAUUCUGAGAGCAGCACAGCAAAGGCGGAGCUCUUUGCUCAACCGAAACACAUCCAGUUUACCCGGACCUCCGUCCAGCUCGAUACACGCUCCCAUGGAAAAGACCGAUUCCGUGGGCAAGGAAAGCGUUCAGUCCAGCAGACCACCAAGUUUGAAGCUGUCCCGACAGAAGGCUAUAUCAUCUUCCCAAGAAGAUUCACUAGAUCCUCCGCCCGUUAAAAAAGCCGAGCAGCCGGGUCACCAUGUCGUCGAUAUCGAAGAGAACACGGAUGAGGAAAAGAAGGACCUCGAAGAAACCAGCAUGUAGUUUCGAGCGGGACAGCUCGACUUGCAUCGGAGAGCUUCUAGAUCAGGUCAUUGAUGCUUUAUCGACUGGAGGAGGCUACCGGAUUCAGACGGAGCAUGGGAAUGAAUGAGCGAUUCCUCGUUCU